AUGGGAUUUGAUGUAUUCCACGCAACAGCUCUCGGUGUGACUCCCUUGCUGUCAUUAUGUGGGGCAACACGACCCAGCUACGAUUCACGGGACUCCCUGGAGACAUCUUAUGAUGCAGAAGGACACUUCGGGGUAGUUUGUAAUGCAGCAAGGAAGGAGGCGGAAAUUUUGCGUCUACUACUGUUACACUGCGACGAACUGGACAGACGGUAUUUUAGAAGGCCCAAACCGGUUUUGCUUGGCGGGAACGCUGUAGAGAUAUCUUCAGAGCCCUUAGGACAUGAAGAACACUCUCAGGCUUCUAGAAGAGGAGAAACGCAGGAUGUGAAGUGCACGCGUCUGGAAUCGCGGACUCGGCUUUUGAAUGCAUGCACCCACUGGCUUCUCAGUAGCAGUUUCGCUGUGCAUUUUGCAGCUAGCAAGGGAAAAACGAAGUUGUGCCGCCAACUAUUGGCUGCUGGGUGUUCCAUUGACGCCCUCAACUAUGAGUCUGCCACUGCUUUGCACAUCGCAUGCAUCGAAGGACAUCUUGGCACUGCAGGGCUCCUGCUUGACCAUGGUGCUAACAUCGACGCCACAACGCAUCGCGGCGAAUCGCCGCUGUUAUUAGGGGCCUACAAACUGCACAAAGAUGUUUGUGCACUGUUACUGGAGCGCGGUGCUGAUCCGUCCCUUGUCACACGCACUGAGAAGCUGUCAGUGCUGCACGCAGUUGCUGCAGGAGUCACUCGGCAGGUGUCUAUGACCUUCAAAGGCGCAUCUUGGGAUAGAGAUGGUGUAACGGCUGCUCUUGCCGGUCUUGGCUCCAAUUCUGACGGACUUGGCAUACACUGGAAGACCAACAGCUACGCCGCGGUGGAGGCUGAGGUGGAUCUGCGGCUGCCGAGUGCAACCCCUGAUAGCCUCGAUCUGUUUUUUUCCCCGAAGAUCAUGAUUUCCAGAACAGCGAAGGCACAGGAGCUGCUUCUGGUCUUCAUCAAAUACUGCCCCUCCCAGUUGUACAGGCAACAUUCGCGAAAUGGCUUCACGCCUGCCAAUUUGCUACAGCGCAUGUGGGAUGACUUUGUCGCAAAGAGGGCCCGGCUACUGCAAAUAAAUAGCCUUCAGCUUGCAGGACAAACAGAAGAUGAAAAGGCGGAUGCUUUAGGGGGUUGGGAGUUCUUGUCCCACCGAAUGAUUGUUCUAAAAGAUUUACUUAGCGCACGGCUGGCUCCAUUCUCUCCAGUGUCAGGGGUAGCUGAGUACUCAAGUACCCCCAGGGUGGAGGAUCUCGAGAAGCAACAGAAAGAGCAAUUAGCUGCCGACGCCCCUUGGCUUUUCCAGAAGCUGCUGUCCAAGCGCGCCUCACCUGAAAAACAAAGCCCCCAACAAACGGUGCUUCAGGGGAAAGAGCAAGGCAAGCAGGGAUAA